ACUAUUAAUAUACAUAGAGCAUAUCAGUUUCAUUUUUCUGUCUAACAAAAGAAACAAAAAAAAAUGGUAGUCUCUUUGCUCUGUCUUUUAAUCAUCACCUUCGCUUCGUUGAUCUUUAUCAGCAAGAAGAACAAACGCUCUAAAUGGAACCUUCCUCCUAGCCCUCCAACGUUACCAGUUAUCGGAAACUUACACCAAGUUGGAGAAUUGCCUCACAAGUUAUUUCAACGUCUAGCCGAAAGAACAGGACACGUUAUGCUUCUUCACUUAGGGUUUGUCCCUGUAACUGUUAUCUCAUCGAGAGAAGCAGCUGAAGAGGUGUUACGAACUCAUGACCUAGACUGUUGCAGCAGACCUAAGCUUGUUGGUCCGAGGCUAACCUCUCGGGGUUUUAAAGAUGUGGCUUUUACACCAUACGGUGACGAGUGGAAGGAGCGGCGCAAGUUCUUUGUGCGUGAGCUUUUAAGUUUGAAAAAGGUUCAGUCUUCCGGGUACAUCAGAGAGGAAGAAUGUAACUUUCUUAUCACGAAACUGUCGGAAUCAGCGGUGGAUCGAUCUCCAGUCGAUAUGAGCAAAACCCUUUUCUGGCUAACCGCGAGUAUCCUGUUCAGAGUAGCUUAUGGGAAAAGGUUCCACGAGUGUGAGUUUAUCGAUAAAGACAAGGUCGAAGAGCUUGUGUUUGAAGCCGAGAGAGCUCAGAGAAGUUUCACUUGCUCUGAUUUCUUUCCUAUUGCUGGACUUGGAUGGCUCGUUGACUGUAUUUCCGGGCAACACAAGAGGCUCAAAGAUGUUUUCGUCAAGCUCGAUACUCUGUUUCAAGGUGUGAUCGAUGAUCAUUUACAUCCUGGAAAAAUAUCAAAAGAUCACAGAGAUAUUGUCGAUGUUAUGUUGGAUGUGAUGAAUAAACAAGGCGAAGAUGAUGCCUUGACCCUCACGUUAGAUCACAUCAAGGCAUUACUAACGAAUAUAUUACUAGGAGGGGUAGAAACAGGAGCUAUUACCAUGAUAUGGGCAAUGACGGAACUCGUUAAAACCCCGCAAGUCAUGAAGAAAGUUCAAAGGGAGAUCCGAGACCGUCUGGGAAACAAUAAGGAGAGAAUCACCGAAGAAGAUCUCGACAAAGUUCCUUUCUUGAACAUUGUGAUCAAGGAAACAUUCAGAUUACACCCAGCUGCUCCUCUUCUGCUCCCAAGGGAAACAAUGGCUCACAUCAAGGUCCAAGGCUAUGAUAUUCCUCCAAAGAGACAGAUCUUGGUGAACGCUUGGGCGAUAGGGAGAGAUCCGAAAUACUGGACAAACCCGGGAGAGUUUAACCCCGAGAGGUUUAUGGAUAGCCCUGUGGAUUAUAAAGGAAGACAUUUCGAGCUCUUACCGUUUGGGUCUGGUCGAAGGAUAUGUCCCGGUAUAGCAAUGGGGGUAGCUACUGUGGAAUUGGGACUAUUGAACUUACUUUACUACUUCGAUUGGAGAGCACCUGAUGGUAUGACACAUAAAGACAUCGAUAAAGAAGAAGCUGGUACCCUUACAGUCGUCAAGAAAGUACCUCUCAAGCUCGUUCCAGUUCGAGUUAAGUGAUUGCACAAAUCUCCAGUUCUAG